AUGCUAAAAUUUAUUACUAAAGGAUAUCAGUUUGCAAGAUAAUCAAAAUAAUCAAAGCAAAAUAAAUAAAUGCUGGAAAAUAAAGAAACUGAAGAUAAAAUGAAAAAAAUGCAAUAAUUAGUAAAAAUGCCAUAUAAUUAAGGAAUAAAUAUUUAGAUCCAUUAACUUCAAAUGCCUUAGAUAAAUACAUAGAUUCCUUUAACAGUGGAUCUUUUUCAAGUCUUAUCACUAAAAUUUCUAAAGAUAUGACUUCAGAACAUAGUCAUUUUAAAUGUAUUUUAUAAUCACAAUUAAAAUAGAAAUUUGUAAAUAAGCUUAAUAAAAUAAAGAUUUAUAGAAAUUGAUGAAAGAUUCGAAUUCUGAAUUUAUGAAGCAAGUACGAGAAUUGUAAAAAGGUUUUGCUCCUGAUUUAUUGACAAAUAAUGAUGAUAAAAAUUAUUCAUAAUAAUCAUAAACACCAUAAUAAUCAUAGGC